CAUUAAUCAUUUUACUCUUAAGAAAUAAAACGCAACGGUGUUGAAUUACCAAAAAGAACUUUCUAAUCGAACGUACAUGUUUAUUAUUAUUGAACAGAAAAGAUUUCUAUGGUUGUUAUGGAAAUUGUUUAGAUUUUUUUCUGUGAAUAUUUAGUCUAAAGAGGAUAGGAUGAGAAGUAAAGUUACAUUGUUUGCUGGUAGGGUAAUGAAAUGCCUGAAUAGUAGAGUGAAGAAAACAAGUUGUUUUGACGGAACUUUUGAUCGAAAUUAACUUAAUUUCAGCUAUUUGUGACAGUUUGUUACAGCCCUACAAUGAGACUGGAUAUAGAUGUAGGGGAAUAUUGUCGCAAGCUCCGAGCAGAAAAGCAACCACCAUACGAAUGCCCAUUCAUACAAUGUGGAAAGGUAUAUAAAUCACUUUGUGGGCUCCAGUAUCACCUACUGAAUGUGGAUCACAAUGCGACAGCAACUGCUGGCAUGCCUGUUGUUGAUGGCGUUCCUGUCAUCACCCCUACCACACCAUCAGGGCGCAAGAAAAGCAGGGGAGCACACCAUUCACGUUCAUCUACAGUGGACAUCUUGACACCACCUGCUCGAGAAGGCUUGACAUAUGCAGAAGCCCAAAAAAUGGUGGAAUUUGAAUUUGGCAACAUAACAACAAGAGUGUCUAUCUAUGAAGAGCUGCAGGUUUACGGGCUGGAAGAAGCCUUGGCAGCAGGCUUGAAUUUGGAGGAUUUGAGGAUAAAUGAUGCAAAAUUUAAGCAGCAAUCGGAGGACAGCAAAUUAAACUUACCAGAUCCAUCUUUCAGAAUUUUGGAUGAUUAUAAAAUUAGCGAUGCACCUCCAAUGCCCAAUUCGUACAUCAGGUUCAUUGAGCGCUCGGCCGAGGAACUGGACACUGAGGUCGAGUAUGAUAUGGAUGAAGAAGACUGUGCAUGGUUGAGUAUUAUCAAUGAAACUAGAGUGGCCAAGAAUUUACCAGAGGUUCCAGUAGACACGUUUGAAUUAUUGAUGGACAGACUAGAGAAAGAAUCAUAUUUUCAAAUGCAAAGUUCCAGUAAAUGUGGAGAAGACACUGCAGUGUCAAUGAUUGAUGAUGAUGCUGUGUGCUGCAUCUGCAUGGAUGGCGAGUGCCAGAAUUCAAAUGUCAUUCUCUUCUGUGACAUGUGUAACUUGGCUGUUCAUCAGGAUUGUUACGGUGUUCCUUACAUCCCGGAGGGCCAGUGGUUGUGUCGCAGAUGUCUUCAGUCGCCGUCCAGAGCUGUGGAUUGUGUUCUGUGUCCAAACAAUGGUGGAGCAUUCAAACAGACAGAUAGAGGCCACUGGGCCCAUGUAGUGUGUGCUUUGUGGAUCCCAGAAGUGAGGUUUGCUAACACGGUUUUCUUAGAGCCAAUAGACAGUAUUGAAAUGAUUCCACCUGCUCGCUGGAAGCUGACGUGCUAUAUUUGUAAGCAGCGAGGCGUUGGUGCUUGUAUCCAGUGCCACAAGACAAACUGCUAUGCAGCGUUCCACGUGACUUGCGCCCAGCAUGCAGGGCUGUUCAUGAAGAUGGAGACUGUGCGUGACUCUCACGGAGGUAUCACGCUUGAGACCGGUCCAAUACUAGUGCAGAAAACUGCAUUUUGUGAUGCACAUACUCCGGCUGAUGCAGAAACUCGUCCACGUCUGCCUUUGAUGAGUAAGCAAAAAGACCAUAACCAUCAGCAUCAAGCACAAGUGUUGAACCACCACCAGCAGCAGUCAGGCACAUCCCGUACGGAAAGUAAUUCAGGAAAUGAAACACACAAGGAUGACUCUCAAGAGAAGAUGCAUAAUGCCCGUAAAAUUCUUGCAAAAAAGCGUUCUGCUGUACCCAUUAUUUCAAUUCCCACCAUACCCCCUGACAGGAUACAGGAUAUAGCAUCACGUGUAAAUUUAGUAAAGAAAAAUCAGUUCAUACAGCGUCUGAUUGCAUAUUGGACCCUGAAGCGACAAAUGCGCAAUGGAGUUCCUUUGCUUCGACGCUUACAAAGUUCACAUUUAUCUCGGAGAGGUGAUUUCCACCCACAACAGGAAGUGGGAGAGUUGUAUCGCCAGCUGAAAUAUUGGCAAUGCUUACGACAAGACCUGGAGAGAGCUCGUCUACUGUGUGAACUUGUUCGGAAGCGAGAGAAGCUAAAAAAUGAACUCUGCAAAGUAAAGGAAAAGUCCCUUGAACUUGAACUUCAGCCUUGUGUGUGUUUCUUGCGGCAGCUAUGGGAGAUUGUUCAAGCAAAGGAUACUGGUGAUAUUUUUCGAGAGCCAGUCGAUCAGACGGAAGUGCUAGAUUACGCAGAUGUGGUGAAGCAACCCAUGGACCUGUCAACUAUGAAAACGAAGCUUGAGUCACACCAGUAUCCAGAUUUGUGGUCAUUCGAAGCAGAUUUCAAACUAAUGAUUCAAAACUGUAUGGCAUAUAACUCUCGUGACACUAUUUUUUACAAAGCUGCAGUGAAACUGAGAGAUCAGUGUGCUCCGCUGUUCCGCAUGGCUGAGCGUGACUUUGUCACUGGCAGCUUUGAUUUGGCCAAUGACGUGCUGCAAAGUGUUGGGGAAGAUGCAAAAAAUAAAUCAUCAAAUGAUAUUUCCACUACAAAUACAAAGUCUGACAGUCAGAAUAAGCAGCCAGAUUCAGCUGAUGUGUGUCAACCACAUGUUUCCAAUGAAACGUUGGCGGUCACGAAAAAUGACAGGAAUCAGCCUCGCACUGAGCAUGUGAACUGUGUUGAAGGUCUAACAAAUGUCCAGAACACAUCAGUUGACUCACCUCGAGUCAAACACACGCGAGGCUUUAAAGUUGAAUUUGGAAAAAAUCAAUCCAAAAAUAGUUCGAGUGCUGCAACUAAAGGUGGAGACUCAUCAUCAGGAGAAGAUGGAUUUGAAUCUGAUACUGAACAUGAAGAAACGACAGAUGAAGACAGUGGAAAAAAGUCAGUUACAACAAACUCUACUACUGCUAAUGGGAAAGUAAAAUCUACAACUAACUCAGCACCACCACGACGUUUUACACGGCGUUUUGCUAAAGAUGCAGCCAAAUUGUCAGCUGAGAAAGAGACGGGCACGGCUUCUGCUGUGUUCACUCCGGCACAGACACCAACUCAGAGUUUGAGUAUGAAGACGGUAUCACCGACAGGAAUAAAUCGAAGAACUGCUGUCCUUUUCACUCGAAAAGCAGCAGCAGCAGCAUUUCGGAAGCCUGAACCAGCUAUUUUGUCCAGCAAUGUAAACACCAGUUCUGGACCAAGCAGCACGCCAGUGGUCCACAGACGACGUGUUGGUCGCCCAAGAAAAAAUGUACCAACCGAAAAUGUGUGUACGCCCCGUGCUCCAUCUCCAAUCAUUCCUCUAGCAGUGGUGGGCCGUUCAGAGUCUACUCUGGAUUCUGUUUGUCCUGUACCUUGCUCGGAGAGCUUCCGGGUGUACAGAAGUGGUGGAGAUAUUCCAGGAGAGACGGAUGAUGACACUCAGUCGGACUCGAGUUGUUCGAGUUGUUCGAGCACGGAUGACAGCAGUGGCAGUAGUGGUGACAGUUCGAGCCUGGACCUGGCUCGCCAGACGGGAGCAGAGUCGUCGGCAGAGGACGACAGUGCAGUGGCGAGCCAGGGCUCGGUACACAAGCUAGAGCCUCUGGAUCUGGCUUGGGCCAAGUGCCGUGGCUACCCAUGGUACCCAGCACUGAUUAUCAAUCCAAAAAUGCCUCGUACUGGAUACUUGCAUAACGGUGUGCCAAUACCUGCUCCACCGCUUGAAGUUUUAGCUUUGGCUGCAAAUUAUUCUGAUCCUGUGUAUCUGGUUCUCUUUUUUGAUACUAAACGCACAUGGCAGUGGCUGCCGAGGAACAAGCUGGAGCCACUGGGAGUGUUGCUGGAGGUGGACCAGGCCAAGCUGGUGGAGUCGCGCAAACCCACCGACCGAAAAGCUGUCCGCAAAGCGUAUCAGGAAGCCCUGCAUCACCGCUGCCAAGUGACCGGUGCGAACACCGCGUCUGGAUCCGGAGCCACCACCAGGAAGAACAAGCUUCCGGUGGUAACUUCACUGACUCCGGACACGGCCGGUGAACAUGCUUGAACCCUUAUCCUGGUGUCCAGUGCUUUUAGUUAGGUUCUAGAGGCGUUGUUUGCAUGGCUGUAGUGAUUGAACUUCUGCAUCCAAAGGUUUAGUGAGUGUGUAGAGUACAAAUAUUAAAAUUAGGCCUGUGUGAAUAUCAGUUUUUUUAGUUUGAAUAGUAAGAAUGAGAAUUUUAAUCCCACUAAAUAAUUUUAUCACAUCAUAUAACAGUAGGGAAAGAAAAAGUAAAUGUGUAGUGUAGGGGCUUCUAGGAAAUUAGACAAAUAAUAAUAAAGUGAAAGUUGGUUAGGUAAAGUCAGCUACAAUAAUCAUACAUAUAAUUUUGUUAAAAUAUUUAAAUUUUGAUUUUAAAAUGUUUUUUUUUUAACUAUGCAGCUAACCUAACUUAACGUAACCAACUUACAUUUCAUUUCAGUUCGUAUUUGCCUUAUUUUCCAGAACCUGCUACUCUACAUAUUGAUCCAAAAAAUUGUUGUUAACCGCAAAAUACCAUGAAAUCCAAUCUGCCUCAUAACAAACAUGAAUUUAUUUCUAAUGUUGUGUUCCCAAAUUAGUGAUUAAAGGCCAAUUUCACCACCUUCAGUUAAGAUUUUAAACAAGAUUUGACAACACUUCGGUGUUGUUUAGUAACGAAUUGCAUAUUCACCAAAUAUUUACUUUCCUCUAAGAUAGAUAACUUUAGCUUAACUUUAAACAGCCAAUUUCUGUCAUUUAACUUCUGAAGAUUUGUUUAGCACACACCAAAAUGGCCGCACAAUAGUGUCAGCUGAUAUUUGAAGAAAAGAACAAGACACUUAAAUAACCUCUAAUUUCUAAGCAGAAAAAAUUAGUUUGAUAUGAUGGUGAGGAUAAUGAUUUAAAUGUGUGUUUUUAACUAAAUAAUGUGCUAAAAGAAAGUGAAUGUCUGCUUAUGUAAAUGUUUUAAAAUAAUAAGUUUAUAUUCUAAUUUUUAAUUAAAUACUUUAGAAUUCAGUUUUGAUUAAAGUUAUAUAUAAACAUUUACACUUGUGCAUGUAGCUGUCUUUAUUUCCUUUUCAUUGGUUUGAAACAAACCUGAAUCAUUAUAGAUGAAAAUAUUUUACUUCCUAAUUAUGUUUAAGUAAAAUAUUUAUCAGUAUUGCAAGGCACUUUUCUUUUUAUUCCACAAAGAGCAAUACAAAAUGUUUGGACAUCUUUAUGAGUUGAAUAUCUCAUUCAUUUCUAACACAUUUAAUUACUAUGAAUAAAGAGCUACAUAUUUAUUGAAAACAAGAUUUUACAAUUAAAUGUAAGCAAGAAAAUUCAGAGGCUGCUAAAUUUUACGUGCACUUCAAACACAUUGUAAAUACAUUUACAUAAUUUUAUUACAUUAAGGUAUGCGAUUUCAACAAAAACAGAAAUAACCUAACCUAAAAAUAAUAUAACAUGUUUGAAAAAUAUUUGUUUGUAAAAUUGAAAUUUUGCCAAAGAAUUAAAAUAACUGCAAUUGAUAGAAUAAAAACAAAAGGUCUUUCAUCUUUUAUUUUGUGCAAUUAAUAAAUAAUACACCAUUUUAUGUACCUCCUGAAUGUAUUAUAUAAAGCUCAUUUCACUAAUUUGUAAAUACACGAGGGUUGUCUGAAAAGUUUCCGACCUCAACAUGAAGAUGGCAGCACUCGUCAACGAAAAUUGGGGAAUGUGUUUAGUCAUGUUUUGGAAUAUAUUGUCUGAAAUUUCAGCCAUUUUGGACGAGCAGUUGUUUUUUAACAAUUGUUUGCGUGAGUCUCUGCAUAAUAGUUGUUUACAAACAUGAUGGCCUCCUCAUUCGACAAAAAUGUCUGCCCUCUGAGUGCAACUUUUAGCCUAGGGAACAAAAAAAAUGUCAAUUGGGUUUAGAUCUUGUGAGUUAGGAGGGUGGUCAAGCAGUUCAAACCGCAGUUCAUAGAUUUUCACCAUGGCAACCCCUGAGGUGUGAGCUGGUGCAUUGUUCUGGUGAAACAAAUUUUUUUGUUUCUGCAAAUGUGACAUUUUUCUGCAAUUUCUGCCUUCAGCUUGUCAAGUAAUGAUGCGUAGUUGUUAUUCUUUUUCCAAAAUAAUUUAUUAAGACAAUGCCAUGACUAGCCUAGAAAACAGUAUCUCUGUUUUUUCUAUGGCCAAAGGAACAGUCUUUACAUUUUUUGGAGCUGAUUCUCCCUUUUGUUGUCGCAGACGUUCAUUGUCACCCGAGCUGGUGUGGCCAUGUUUGAAUUGAGCUGCUCGAAAUAUCCCUGUGGUAAAUUAUGGCGUAGAGUCGCCGUGCACACCGUCCAACUUGUCUUCAUUUAGCGUAGGCGUAUUGCCUUUCAAAAACAAAUAUUUAAUGACACUUCGAUAAACAUUUUUUUUUUUCAUUUUCACAAAAUAAUGCGCAUCGACUCACGAAAACGAUGGUUAAAAAAUCAAUUCACAUCCAAAAUGGCUGAAAUUUCAGACAGUAUAUUCCAAAACAUGACUAAACACACUCCCCAAUUUUCGUUGACGAGUGCUGCCAUCUUCAUGUUGAGGUCGGAAACAUGUGUGUGUCAACUUAGUUUCUAUGAAAAUAAAUAAUUGCAAAUAAUGUAAUGAAUGUUAAUUAAAAUAUUUUUCAUUCUUUAUAAACUGUAUUUGUUUACAAACUUAACUUGAUAUGACCCAAAAAUAGGUCAUAGAAUGGACACUGAUUUAAUUGAAUUUCUAAUGAACUUGAAUAAAGUUAAACUUUGCUUAGCUAUUCAAAGUUACUGAAACACAAUAAAUAUGUGGUGACGUGAAACAGUUUAACAGUGGUUUAAAAAAGUCAGGUAACAUUAAACAAACCUUUGUUAAACAACGUUUUAACGAGAGUGUGGUAAAAUUGGCCCUAAAUGAGCUCAUAUUUACAUAUUUAAAAACCCUAGUUGUAUACAAUUUUUCAUUGUUGAAGGCAGCCAUAUCAUAACUCAAUAUCUCAAUAACUCAGUUUCUGCUAAUUUGUUUCAUCAUAGAUACAUACAGCAAGUAAGCUUCUAUUGUGUCACAUGAUAUUAGAUUGAUUGUAACUAUUGAUUUAUAUGCCGUUGAAACUAUGUGGUUCACGUAUUUUAAUGGUCAUCGCUAUGGAGUGUGUGUGUUUUUGUAAUGUUUUAGUCCAUGGUUGUUUGUGGUUUUUUUUUUCCCUUCUUUUUUUUCUCCACUACUGGUACGAAUACAAAUAGUAUUUUGUUACCAAGUUUGAAAUGUUAGAAAGAAAUAUUCCUUGUUUUGAAUCAGUCACUCGUUUUUUCCGUUACUGUUUAGCAAGACAGUAGUAAUAAAACUUUGAAUUUUUGUUGCAUGUUUUAAACAUUGCUUGUCGUUCAUGUUUUGAUUGUGAAGUCCAAUUCAAACAUUUGUAUUGGAAAAUUCAAAUAUUCACACAGGCCUGGUUAAAAUAUUACCACCAGCAUGCAUGAGUACUGUACCUUUUACACCACUUUCUCAAGCAAGUGUACAAGGUGUAGAACUCAGGUGCAGAAGUUGUAGUCAACACCCACCAGUAACGACACGGUUGUAUUAACUUCAGUACUUGUAACACGAACACCAAGUUAUUGUUGGGGUUUAGAAGUCAUAGGAGUUACAACCAUGCAAACGAAGCCAAUGUUGUAAUGUCUUUGAAUCCUUUUAAAUCUGUAUGUUAACUUUUAUUUCAAUUGGCAACGUUACAAAAAGCCAGUUGUUCGUCAUUAAGAUUAUGUCAUUAGGUAGCGUAUUUAAAUCUUGUUGGGUUGGGUAGUUUCAAUGUUCCAUUAGAUUCCAGUGAGGUUAUGAAAACGUAAUUUUAAGUAUAUUUUUAACAUUUUAUUAAUUUUUAUGUUCCAUUGAUUUUCAUACCUCCUGCAAUACAGUGAUAAUACUCAUUAUAGUCUGUAUAACAUUUCUCUAGAAAUAUUAGAUUGCAAAACAAAGAAACAGGAUGGUUGCAUUUUUAAAUAAUGUUAGAUUAAUUGAACAAAAUGUGUUUUCUCGAAUAUAAUUAAAUAACAUAAUUUAAGUAUGUGCAAAAAAAAAUUCUCUUUUGAAGGUUCAUUUUUUUUUUACUUUGGUUGUAAUGCAAAGCUAUUUUUAGUUUAGUCACAUUACAUAUUCACUAUUUACUCAAGUCAAAAUUUACUCUUUUAUCCAUAUAAUGUAAUUAUUAACAAAUGCAUGAAAUGAGUGUAGUUUUUGUGCUUAUUACAUUGAUGGUGUUUGUUCACAACAAACAUACAAUGUUAUUGAAACAGUUAUUUUGACUAAAUGAAUGGUUGUUAUAAAUACAAUCAACUUUUAACAAUUUUUGGGCAAAUUAUCUGUUUUGUGAAAUAAUUGCAGCACUCAUAAAAAAAUGUUAUUUAAAAUAGAACAUUUGGUAUUGUAAAAUUUUGAUGUCGGGGAGAAAUCACAAGAAUCCUAAUUUUAUGUAUUACUUUGCUUUGAAAUGUAUGUAAAAAAUUAAUAAAAAUAUUAUUCCUUACAUGCAUGUUUAUAAGUAAAAUAACACGUUUUGGUGAGUGAGCUCUGUCAUGCAGUCUAACAUGCCUUUCGACAAGGGCGCUGCUGUAAAAGUAGGUAGUUCGUAAAAUGUUUUGGGACUUGGUUAACAAUUUUAAAAUAUUAACAAUUUUAAAAUAUACUUUUUUAAUAGGUGAUUAUAUUACUCAACACAACAUUUUAAACUUUAGGAUUGCUAUAAAACCUCUUUAUCCCUGCACUGUCAUUUAAAAAAAAAAUUAAAUGUUAGGUAUGCUAUUUCAGUUAAAUUGCCACGUGCUAAUUGCUUGUUAUUACAAAAUCAUGGAACUAUACCUGCUGUUUUCUAUCAACACCUUCUACAUUAUUGUCUGAUCAUUUUGCCAGUGGUAAUAAUUCUUUUAAGACUAUGGGCUGCUUAAGUUUGCAAUUUAUUGUUUAUAUUUCUUAUGACUGUACACAGAUUUAAUUUAGAUACCAGACAAACACAUGAAGCAAUUAACUUCAAAAAGUGUUAAUUUUAACUGAGCACUCUGUAUAGUAAGAUGAUCAUUGAUUGCAGUUAUGCUGAUUAUUAGGGCUGUGUGGUUCUCAGUAAAGGAUUCCGUUAUUAAAAACAAUUUAAAAACACAGAAAAAAGUAGUACACUCUAUGCAUUAAGUGAGUCAGUGUAUGUGAAUGCUUUCCAUGUGCCUGCAAUCACAUAUUUAUAUGUAUUUAUAUUUCAUUAUUUCUUACAUAAUGUCCACCCUGUUUCUUUAAAAAAAAAAGAAAAGAGAAUAAGAACAUUUACAGGUAUAAAAACUACCCAACCCAAUGUUUUAGUAUAAGACUACUUGAAAAUCUCCUGAAAGUGUGUGUAUUCCUCACUAACAGGAACGCACCACUCGAGAUGUAUAGCUGUACAGGUGCUCGGGAGAUGGAGUGGGAUAAUUUUGAUUUACUUGACAGUAAUAAAGUUUUAAUUAAUUUUUAGUUUUAUAUGUAAUUCAAUUGAAUGUAAGAAGAAAUUUGAUUAAUGUAAGCAACACAAGUUUAUGAGUGUGUCUCAUAUUGAGAAUAACAUAAUAAUUAAUAUAGUACUGUGUAUGGGGUAGGGGGUUGACCCCUAAACUCCCUUUGUGGAUGUAUCGAUGUUUGCUAACCUUAAGUGAAGUGUGUUUUGUAUGAGUGCUCUGCUUUUAUAGUUAGUUUUUAAAAGUAGUGCCAAUAGCCUGUGUAAUCUUUUGCCAAAAUAGUUGUGUCAGCAAAAAUGAAAUGUUAGUAAACUACCUGUGUGUGCUGUCUUAACUGCCUCAACACCAACAAAGUGUUGUGUGAGAAUCCUAUGGCUGUUUAAAGACAUGCACUUGGUACAGGCAGACUAGUCAUCUAGUGUAUCUAGUGAUACACUAGUCAUCUAAUGUAUCAAAUGUACCUAGAUAGCACUAUGCUAAACUGUGUUAUUUUGAUAUGGAUAAAGGUACAUAUUAAAUUCAACUAUAUGCCACCAAUUGUGACAAAACUUGAUUAAUUGACAGUUUAACAUUGGGAAAUAAUUAUGCUAAAAGUACAAUGGUGGUGAAAAAAACUUUUCCACAGUAUAUUUAAUGUGUGAGCAGUUAGCUUCACACUAGAUAGAAAAGUUUAAAAUGUCAUCUUUAACAAUGGAUGCUUCACAUAAUCAACUUAUGUUUAUGCUCUAAGGCAUUACAUAUUACCUUUUUAAAGUUGUUAGAAUUAAUCCUAAAAAACUAUACAUUAGUUCCCAUACUUAAAUAACCUCAGAAGUGUACUUAUCAGGGUAAUUAGUUAAGAAAUUCAAUUUUGGUACUAUUUUUAUUACUCUGUGCCAAUUUAACAACACAUAAUUAGCUAUGACUCAACCUAAUACAUUUAUAGUGGAAACAUUUCCGUGUUUUCCUGCUCUCUAUUACUACACCGCCUGUCUGAAUAAAAUAAAAUCAAAAUAAAGAACCUUCAUGAAAUGCAUUAUGAUGACCUAGUGAAGCAGAUUUUAUUAAUGUUUCUGUAUUAGCAUAAUAAUUUGUAAGUCAAUGUGUGAAAAUGCACGCUUAAAGUGAUAGUAUAACAUUAAUGUUUUUGGAUGUUGUUUUGUUCAUGUUUAAAUGUAUUGAUGGUUAGUCUCCAAGAUAGCUUCAGUAUUUUUAUUGGUAAGUGUUUUACUUGUAUUUGUUUCAUUCUUAAUUAUAGAUAGUAAAAAUAGUAUUUAAAAAUUAUACCUGCUCAGAAACAUCUUUAAGUAAAAAAUUUUUAAUUAAAUAGUGGUAUUUUUUCCCUGUGCAUUUAAUGUUGUGAUCUCAAUAAAUCACUUAAUUCUGUUCAAUUGAACUUUAACAUUUCCUAUUGGUCCUAAUGUCCCUGCGGAAAGUGUUGAAAUAUAAUGUUUUGCAUAGUUGUUAGGGUACUCUUUAGAAAGUUAACUCACCGUUUAUGGAUGUAAGUCAAGAAGGAUAAAAUACGACAGAAUUCUUUUGAGUAGAUUUUUAAGAAAGACUACCGUAUAUACUCGUGUAUAGCGCGCCCUUUUUUCCCCUCAAGUAAAGGAAAAAAAUAAGGAUGCGCGCUAUACACGGGAAAAAAAAGUGAGGGUGGAGGCGGGGAGGAGGAUUGGUAGUCGUUAACUGCCGGGUGACGGGUGACGUUUCUGGCCAGCCCCCACACAUACGCACAAGCAACAAGGCCUCUCUUUCACACACACACACACACACAACCUGGUCUCGCACACACAUGCUCACAGCACACACACACACACAUGUUCGCGCGCAAGCUCGCACAUCAUGGUCUCUUGUUUAUUUUUAGACCUCCCCCUCUACAGAAAGCCAGCGCAGCAGCUAGUAAAUUAAAAGAGAGAGAGGGGGGGGGGGAGAGAGAGAGAGAAUGAGAAUGAGAAUGUUGUCACCAGUCCCCCGCCCACUUCCUUCGCGUGGCAUGCUUCAUUUUGCGUGUCCCUAAAAAUGUGUUAACUAUCAGUUGAAAUAUCUAUGUAGAAGCUUCGUGACGGGAGUGGUGGUGUUUAGUCCUGUCAACUGUCAAGGUUACUUGAUGGUCAUAAGCCCGUUCCUGCCUGCCUCCCUCCCUCCCUCCCUCCCUCCCUCCCUCCCUCCCUCCCUCCCACCCGUCCACGUACCAGUUGUGACAAUACAGCGCUUCAUUAUUUUCCGUCUACACAGCAGAGUUUAAGUAUUUUCCUGACGCAUCACCACACAUCAAUUUAAAUAAUCAUUUGUUUCAUAAGUAAUUACUUAACAGGUACCACAAAAUGUUAGUAAAAUUUAUUUAUGGGAAAAAAAAUUUUAAUUUUUUUUUCUUUGGAAUUUGUUGCAAAAAUCAUGGUGCGCGCUAUACACGAGGACGCGCUAUACAUGAGUAAAUACGGUACUUAUUGUAGUUGUUACUGUGGUGUGAUUUCCAGAAAAUAUUUACAUGGUUUCUUGUUUCAUAGUCCAUAGACCCCAAAACCAUCAUCAGCCCAAAAGUUUAUGUGUGUGUGUGUGUGUGUGUGUGUGUGUGUGUGUGUAUAUAUAUAUAUAUAUAUAUAUAUAUAUAUAUAUAUAUAAUCACUUUUUUAUGGAUACAGUAACUGUCAUAAUUUUUCACAAAUCACUUCCUAACUGAUACAUAAAAUACAGAGAUGAAAAAUCUUGGAGGAGUUCGUUAAUUGGCAAAAUCAGACCAAAGGGGUAGAAAUGGGGAAGGUUUUUUUGAAAAAAGAAAAAUUUUAUAAGCUCCCUUAAAUAUGAAAAAUACUGCAUCCAUUCCCUUAGUAGGCACUCUAUCAAAUUCUUUAAAAUGUGUUGUGAAGCUUCUAAAUAUAAUAUAAAACAUUUGUCUGAAACAAUUUUUUGGUUGCCAAUUAUUACUGCAAUAGGUUGAAAUAUAAUCAUAAAAUAUUUUUUAUGUACACUAUCAAAUUUUAAGCCUUGUAAAUAUUAUCUAAAACUUUUGUCUGAAAAAUGUUUUAAUGCAACUAGCUAUCAAUGCAAAGGGUGGAAAAAAAUGUGGUGGUGAAGGAAAAAAAAUUAUAACUACCGUGUUUUAUCGCAUAAUCGUCGCAAAUUUUAUACUAAAAUAGAGUUUGAAAAGUAGGAGUACGAAUUUUUUUGUGAAAAAAUAAUUUUUUGUUAUGUAAAGUUAUUCAUAAAAACAAAACCUAUUCAUAGAAAGAACGAUUAUUUAAAAAGUAGAGUGUACAAAAGCACACCAAACAAUUUGAAUUUAAAAGUCAUUCAAACAAAAACAAUUUGUUCAACUUAAAAUAAAAAAAUGAAAGAGUGUGGGCUAUCAAAUAUAGUUAACUUGGCACUAGACAGAGCAUGCGCGUUGUAUGCAAUCGGUGAGCUAUCGAUAUAGGUAUUCAACGACAUACGCGCACUCUAUACGGGAAUCAACAUAACCAAACAUGAAUGAUGUCAACGUGCGCUGGCUACAUUUUUAUAUGCGGAUCACAGCGGCGACAAAGAAUAACAGAUAAAGGUUCAAACGUUUGAAAAGUCUUUAAAAGAAAAUUUACACAUCAGACAUCUUUGUAUUUCUGUUAAUUAAAUAAGUAAGCGGUAAUAUCCAAAUGAAUAUUAGAUUUCAACUUUAAAAUACAUCUUUUAAAUGGGAAAACUACCUAUACAAAGUGCUUGAAAUCUAACAGCGGGACCAUAAACAUCAUAUGAUGUUUAUACGAGAAUUUUUUUCUUUAAAUUUUGACGCCCUAAAAUAAUGGUGCAACAAUUAUGCGAUAAAACACGGUUACUUACACCUUACACUAUCAAAUCUAUGAACAUUUUUCGUGAACCUUCUAAACAUUUGUCUGAACCAAUUUUUGUAUAUACACAUUAUUCCUGCAAGGCAUUGGAAAAACUGGGGUUGAAAUUAAAAAAAUCAUAACUUAUUUACUAUGUUUACUAUAAAAUCCCUCCAAAUUGAUGCUAAGCUUUCUAAAUAUUGUCUUUACCUUUUGUGUGAAACAAUUUUGUAUACAACUAACCAUUAAUUCAAAUGUUGGAAAAACAAACAGUAGUUGACUGUCAAUAGUUCAUAACUCCCUUAUUAGGAAUUCUUUAAAAUUCAUUUAUAUUAUUCUAAGCCUUCUAAAUUUUAUCUUAUUUAACCGUUUAUUAUUGUAAAAAUGGAUUAAAGUGGUUGAAGGUCAAAAAAAAUUCUCAACUCCCUUUAUGGGUAUAAUACAAAAUUCUUUUUAAGUUACCUUGAACUUUAUUAUUAUUUAAUAUUUCUUUUGUAAGCAAUUUUGAUAUGAUGAACCAUUAUUUCAAAGGAUGAAAAAAAAAUAGGAGAUUGAAGGCAAAAAAAUUUAAUAACUCCGGUUAUAAUCAUAGAAUCAAAUGUGUUCAAAGUAUUUGUCAUUCUUUUUAAUAUUACCAAAAUAUUUUGUCUGAAACAUUUUUCGAUAGCUGCAACCCUUAGUUCAAGGAGCAACUAUAUUUGUUUAGUGCUUAGCCUAUGGGAUGAAAUGUUUAUGUUAUUUUAUGGGAGUUUUCACAAAACAGAACCUACCUGCACCAGACAAAUUCAAGCCCAUAUCUAUGUCAGUCUUAUCAAGAAUAUUUUAAAACUUCUAAGAGAAUACUGGAUGCCUAAAAAACAUUUGAAACAUUUUGAUUGCGUGGAGACAGGAGCGAACAUUUGUAGGAUUCCCGGGGGAAAUUCCGUUUGUCAUUCCUGUUUCACAAUUAAUAAUUUUGCAAGCACAAGCACACCCCUACAGUGAGGGGGCUCUUUAAUUCAAGGAGGGGGAUCCUUCCUGGGAUUUACGCCCAUGCAUGGAGUGUGUGAAAAUGUAUCUUUUUUUUUUAUGCUGAAGACUAUGAAGAAUUUUUCGUACAUAGGGUUUUAAAAUUUUCCAGACAUUUGUAGAAUGCUCAGGAAGUUUCCAGAACAUUCCAAAAGAAAUAGGAACUUCAAAAUCUACCUAUGCCUCUUGGCUGUGCCAAAAGGAAUUUUUAUGUUGAUAUGGGUCUCAUUGUGAGAGUUUACAUAUUUGUGAUAGUGGUGUUAGGAGGCACUCCGUGUUAAUUCUUGUGCAAUGGGAGCCAGCUAGAUUUCGUCUUGGAAUAAUUAUACUCAUGCAGGCUCAUAAAAAUGGCCUGCAGGCAUGUGCCUGGUUUAUGUCAGACGGUUGGGAGAGCUGAGAGCAGCAGACGAGCGAAAGCGACUAGGGUGUAAAUGGCUGUGGUUGGGACCUUGUGCUGUCUGUUAACAAAAGAUAUAUUUAUCCAGAAUAACACUGAAAACACUAAUUAGACACUAAACAUAAGCAAUGACAAUAUUAUAUACAAAAAAUCUAAACCAUUAUUAAAAAUAUACAACUAUGUAAUUAAAUAAAAAUGUAAAUAAAUUAUAUUAAUACAAUUUUAUUAAUAUUAAUUGAGGUUAUUAAUUUAUCAUGGUUAAAUAAAAGCACUAUUGCUAUACAGUAAAACUCUGUUAAAUGUUUCUGCUUAUAAUGUUUUCCUGCAUAUAACAUUUCACAAAUGGUGCAUUUCCUGCUUAUAACGCUUGCUUUAUAAAAUUCAAUAAAUGGAAAAAGAAGGAAGGUUUUAAAUACCUAACUAUUCCAAAAUUUAUCCCAUCUGUUGAGUUUUAAUAUGUUGAAAGGUUUACUUUACACUUUACAUGCAUUUUUGUUUACAAUCACUGCUAUACCAUAGAUGUAGAUUGUUUAAAUAGGAUUCUAUGUAAAAACAAAGUCUAAGUGCCAGAACACUAGUGCUACACAUUAGUGCUGGCUAAUGCUUUGUAUUCAAUAUAUUGAAGAUGCAUAACAUUUGCAGUUACAUGUCUGUUGGAACCCUUGUCUUAAAAAAAAUCCUUCAGUUUCUUGCCAUUCUAAUGUGAUUUCAGAUGUACAUACGUAGUUUUAUGAUAUUUUAGUUUGCCAGCUGUUCCCCGAUGGUAAAAAAAGUGUUUUCUAUUGCUGAUAAAAAGAGUUUAAUUUUUUUAUUCGUAGGUAGGAAUCCCAAAAUUACACAUUUUCAAGUGGCAAAAAAGUUGGAACUGGGCAUUCCUACUCUAAACAUCAUUGUCACGAAUCAUGAGACAAUUUGUGGCAGUGUGUCUUUAAAGACAAAUAAAAUAGAGGCUGGAAGCACAAGAAGUGAAAAAUUGUUGGCUUGGUUAAACAUAUUCAAGCAUUGAGUGUACUCAUCAGUGGUUUUAAAAUUAAAUUUGUGUACAUAGCAUGACGAGUCCAUUGGUAAAAGGUUCAAAUACUGACAAGUGCUAAAUUUAUAUUUCCUGCUUAUAAUGUUUUUUUUUUCCUUAAUCUCCCUUGAAAAACGUUAUAACAGGGUUCUAAUAUAAUAUUAAAACCGUCAAGAACGGAUACAAAACAAAACACUCUAAAUAACACCACCAAAACACUGCUGCCAACCCUUGAGGGUUGUCUGCUCACUGUUAGAACAGCUGCCUGCGCACACACAGUGGUGCACGUAUUGGACCAUAAACAUGGCACAUCAAAAAGUGCAAAGUGCAUUCAGUUGAGGGAAUAACGGUAUUUCAUUUUAAUGUGUGCUGUGCUUCCUAUCCCAGCAGUUGCACACUUCAUUUCCCAGUAACCAAAUUCGUCUGACUUAUUUUCAGAAGUGCCCAAUACUGCAAAUUGUUUUUAGUUUUUAUAAGUUAUUAUGCCUCACUACAGAAUUAUGGUUAUGGGUUGGUAACUACAGUGAGCUAUUUGCAUGGAACCCUCUUUGUUUCCUUACAAGCAACUGUGAACUAGCUUGAGUCCUUUGAGGCUCAUUACUAUGAUUGUAUGUAAAUCAGGAAGGGUGUUAGACAGUACUUUUGUUCUUGUUUUAGCCAUUAAUCCCUUCGCUGGAUCAACAGAAUGUUAACCUUGUUACAAAAUGUUAUCCUAGUUUGUUCUGUGUGUGUUAGGAUUCAACCUAGCUAGGGAUAUGUUAUAUUUAGUCAAAGUGAUGCCUGGUGCAAGUAUUGUUGUAUUUCCUUUAAGUACAAGACUUUAAACUAGCAAUGUUUUUUUUGUAAUUUCUGACUGAGAUUUAAGUGGGGAUCCAUUCAUACAGAUGGGAUGUGUCUUUGUUAAAAUUUUUUCUUAAAAGUAUUUUGCUGUUUGUUGACUGAAGUACAUGCUGCUUUGUAGGUAUACAGUUUACAAAUCUAGAUUGACAUUUUCUGAUAAGAGCAUUGUUAAAUUCGGUAGUUGUGUUCUCGGAUGCCCCAAAAUACCAAUAUUGUGUUGCUUAUUGGUAACCAUGCAGUGCAUAUAUGAAAAGAAUUGCAGGAACAGAAUUUACUACUAAUGAAGAAAUAAACAAGUAUUUACUCAUUUCAUUAUAAAACUUGUUAUAUUUUUUGGUUAUUUAAAAUUACUAUAUUGAAUUUUUUUUAGUUGCACUAUACUAUCUUUGCACAAAAUCAGUGCAUCGUAAUUAUUAAAUAGGAGUUCAUAUUGUCAGCUGUGUUAUCAAAAGACCAUAAAUUUCAUUUAAGAAACAGCUUGCAUGCAUAUUAUCUUAGAUUCUAACUCUUAAACUUGUUAUAUGCCUUAGACAUAAUUUAAUAUGUUGCAUUAAAAUAGGUGCCAGCCAUAAAUGGUUUGAAUAAAGGAAACCUGCAAAAAUUGUAUUUAUGUAAUCAAAUCUUGUAAAUUUGUUGCAAUGUUAGUGUCUACUUUUGCUGUUGCACUAGAUAUUCAUGUAUCUCAAAAGGAUGGUUGUACAUUAUUAUUAUACUUAGAGCAGGUUUUAUUAAUGUGUUUAAGAUUGUUUUAAAACUUGUUGGUAAUGUUAUUUUGGUGGUAUAAAGGUGAUCAGUUUUGUUUGUAUUUUGUAUCUAAAUACAUUCAUUUUUUCUUCUUUUGUAGUCAUGUUCCAGUACAAGCUGGAAAAGUAAUGUUUUCUUGUAAAAAAUUUUAAUAGUGCAUUUAUUAAAAAUUUGUUGAUUUUGAAUGGAAUGUAUUUAAGAUACUGGAAAGCUUGCCUUUAGAGUUUAAAAAAGUGUAUAUGUAUUAAAUUAUUUUAACUUUUACAGGCAAAAUAAUUUAAUGAAAUGAGCCAUUAUAAUAAUUUAUUUAUUAACUUAAUUCAUUUUAUACAUAUUUAUUAAUGAAGUAAAACUUCAGUGUGAUUUUGUGAAUUUGAUAAAAUGCAUAGUAGUUACAGAAUUUUGGUUUGUUGUUAUGUUGCUGAAUAAAUCAGUGAUGGCCAACUGAUCCGGCCCAUGGUAUUGUUUAACACAGCCCGCGUAAAGAAGACAGCAAUCACAAGUAAAUGAUUAGAUUUAGACUUAGCACAGCUGUCAUUGUUGUAAAACAUAAUUUAUUUUCUUUGAAUUGUUACAUUAUUUUUCUGUCACUAACCAAAUAUCACUAUUUUGAAGAUAUAUUAUUAUUUCUAAAAUAAUUUUUAUGUGUACAUUUAUUGUCAGCCCCAGAGACAUGGACACUAAUAAACAUACUUGAAACAUGAUGCAAUCAUAGGUAUGCCACAAUAGUACAAUUUCUUAUUCAGCAAAUAACAAUUACCUACAUCUAUUUCAAUAGAUCAAUAUGUUAGAGCAUUCAUGUUUUAAUUACUAAUAUUGUUUACUUUGCUUUUUAUUAAUGUAUGGUUUUUGAACAUUGCAACUGCUGUUAAAUCAUUUUUCAACAUUAUAGAUGUAAAUAAUGAAAAUCAUGCUUUCAGUGAAGAUUGAGAAUGCUUAGACUUACACAGCUUAUUCCAAUAAAAUUUCUUAAUCUCAGUGUUAAGUCUUUAGAAUUAAAAUAAAUUUUAACUUUAACAAAUCUCAACGUAUUGACCAAGAUAUGAACAUUAUAAAAGUGAGUUACAAUGUUAAAAAAUUAUUAUGGUAUGUUACUGUGUUUAGUUGGGAUUUUAAAGCUGAAUAAAUGUAAUUUCCCCACUUGAAACUGCACUAGGAGGUGCUGCAUGUGAAAUCAAUUUUUUCAAUACUGCUACACUUGGCAAAAUAAUUUACCAGUCAGAGUAGGCAUUACUUUUUAACACACUGCAAAAUUCUUCUCAUUUUUAGUGGAAAGGGAAUCUGUUUAAUUGUUUAAUUAAGUCAGAUUUUGUUACGUGGAAUGAAAUUUUUCUAAAGUGCAUUCCACCCUUCAGUAACUCAUUCAAAUAUAUCAAUUUUUUUAAUUAGCUUUUUUCACAGACAUUACUAAACACUUUUUAUUUAAAAAUUGGCACAGCAAAAAUUAUUAAUCUUCCAACUAAUGUAGUUUCAUUGAUGGUUUAAAAAAUAAAAUGUAAUAUUUAAAUUUGUUUUGGAACAAAAUUAAAUUUUUCUGUUAGAAGUUAAAAAAGUAGACAAUAUUUUUUUCUUUGAAGUAAGCUCAUAAAGAAAGAUAUAAACUGAAUUAUUUCAUAAUGCAACAAGCUACUUUCAAGAUGCAACUAAAACUGAGUUUUGGAAGCUGCUUUCCUGCAAAUUUUAUUAACUUUUAAUGAAUUGUUUAGUUUGUGCAACUAUGUAUGUGUACAAAACUGCUCUUUGAGCAGUAAAACACAAGAAAUAUAAGACGAGGAUCAUACAUAUUCUUCAUGUGGCUAAAUUGGAUGUAGAGGUAGUCUUAAAAAAAUUGAUACAUGAUGUUCAGACAUUAUUAUGUUUUCAGUGAUAUGCUAAAAUAUUAUUUAUGUUUAGGUACUGAACAUAUUUCACUAGAGCCGGUACCUGGGUUUUUUCCCCGAAAAACCGUGAACUUAUCUUUUCUAAAAAAGUCAGGCAGGAAAAUGAUUUUUUUCUAUUACCCGAUUUUAUUUUGGUUGUAUGCAUGUCCAUGGGCCAAACUUGUUAACAAACUAUUUUCAAAGAAAGCACUGCACUUUAACCUAAUUCAAAUACAUGCACAUAAUUCAAAAUGCACCAUUUUCAGCAUAUCAAACCCAAACUAUUAAUGGUGGCAUAAAAAAUAUUCACUAGCACGAUCAUAAGCACUUAAUUCAGUAUUUGAAACAUACACUAAAUAAUCAAAGUAAUUUGUUACUGUUGUGAAACUAGUGAAACAUAUCUCGUUUAUGACUGAAAAGACAAAUAUUAGACACUUAAACAUAUAAGAAACAGUUAUUUUUUUGUAUUGUAUUGCAUAUUAAAAUAACACUAAAAUAAAAUAAAUAAAAAUUUGGCUAUGGCCAUGGACUACAUUAACAACAAACAUGGGAAUAAUGCUAUGAACAAAAUGUAAACACAUUAGUUUGUUAAAUCAGUAGUUGUUACGAUCGAUCUACCAACAUGUUUGUACAGUAGUAUGCUGCAUUUAUCUAUAUCACUAUAGGCAUUGCAACUUGCAGCUUGAAAGUAACACAAACAACCGUAAUAAUGGAGUGGGAAUUUGUGGUAAAUGUGUUUGUAAUAUUGCAGAAUGUGUACAUGGUUGCAGUUAAUAACUAAAUACAGUGGAUUAAUUGGGUUAUAAGUCAAAAUAGUAGCUAAUUUUCUCACUAUUUUGCAAAUUAGGCUUUUUGAUUUACUUUGGGGGUUAUCAAAAUCAUAUAAGUUUAGCCUUAUUUCAUGGUAUUUUGCAGCCCUUGAAUAUUACCUGCCUCUAUCAGUGUAUAAUCUCUAGAUUUGGGCUUACACAAUCAGGACAACAUUUUUCCUGUAUAAAACAUGGUAUGGAAAUUUUUUUAAUAUGUUACCGGUACCUCAAUAUUUUUUAUGCCACUCAAAAUUCUGUAUCCUAUCCAGAUCUAUUUAACACCAUAUGUUUUAAGUAUCUUAGAGUAAAACACAUUUUUCAUUAUUUAAUAACAUAUGUAUUUCAAUAACAAAGAAAAUAAUCAAUUUAUCUGUUCUGUUGUUCUUGGAUUAGUUUUGAAAAUAUAGGGGACCAGAUUGAAGAUUGAAGUUGGCCAUCACUGAUUUAUACUGUAAUGUUUUUGUAUGCCUUUACAAAAUUGUGUGCACAACUGAAAUACAUACAUGCAAAGAGUAAAACAUCAACUUUUUUAUGAUUCUGAAUGUUUUUAAAAUUAAAUAUAUUAUUUUAUUCAUUAAUAAUAGUGAAAUAUGCGUUGAAAGAAAAUACAGAUAUAUAGUCACAUAAUUUUGUUUUAUGGAAACCAGACAUGGAUUGUGCUAGAUCAAAUGUCAGUAUUAUGUGUAAAUGUAAUCUAAAAUUUAAAGUAGAUGAAACAACAAAGGUCAGUGAUUCUAAUGUAUUUAAAUAUUUGUUGUUUGUAUAAGACGUGUUUUACAUAUGUACUGUUGUCCACUCAUAGUUUCAUCCUACUUCCGUUGUGUGUUGCUGUUUUCUUUGUAAGGAUAUAAUUUUUUGAAUGCAGAUAUGUAAAAACUUUUUAAAUAUAUGUGCAGUCAACUCUGUAGUAUUUGCUUUAUUUUGCUUUUGAAAUUAAUAUUAAGUUUUUUAUUUUUAAUGAAACAACAUUUAAAUAUUCUGUGGCUUUGCACGCCAGCUUAGCAUACAUGAGGUGCAUUACUUGAAUAUGUGAGACAAAGAAUUCAUAGUUACAUUCAUUGAAAGUUGUGAAUCAUGCCGUAAUUAAAAAAGCACAGAAAUGAAAUCACGGCCAUGCCGGAUCAGCAAUCUUGCUGUAUAAUCAAAAUUCAGAAUUGAAUUAUUUCAAUGGGAAUACUGUGGAUA